ACGAUGCCCGCACACGCGCUCCGCCAGCGACGCUCCGCCGCAGCGACGCUCGCCCUCUGGUUCCUCCCUCUGCUGGCGCUGCUGCCAGCCGGCGCGCUCUCCGCCGACGCUGACGCCAAUGCGACGCUCGUCAGGAACUUCGUCGCUACUGACGCGCUCGUCGACGGCGAGCAGGAGCGACGCAUCCACUACAACGGCCUCACCGCCAAGGAGACCAGCGUCGUCGGGGCUCCGGACGAAGACGGCACCAGGGCCGGCGUGACGCUGCGGCAGGUGACGGACGGCUCGGGCUUCCUGCAGCUCAUCUACGGCGCCGAGGGCGAGCUGCGCGACUGCGAGUUCGUGGCCGGGCGGCGCGCCGCGGACGCCUUCCUGCGCUCCUUCCACUCCGACGUGCAGCGCGCCGCCGGCGGGGGCCGGCGCGAACACCGCCACGAGACAGCAGACGCCGCAGUCGCCAACGUCACCUUCCAGGUUCUGCCAGAGGGCUCUCCGCUGCCUGCUGACGUGUCAUCGUGGCUGGACAUGGGGCGGCUGCGCGCCCAGUGCCGGGACAAACACCGCGAGCUGCGGCGCCUGGCCAGGUGGCACCGCCGAGGCGGGCCCCGGCAGAGGGCGCGCGCCGACCUGCAGCUCAACAGGACGAAGCGCUCGCUACGCUCGAUGCUGAUGGCGCCUGGCACGCUGUGGUGCGGGCCAAACGGGGACGUGGCGACGUACGGCCGCCUGGGGCCGCUCAGCCGGGAGGACCGCUGCUGCCGACAGCACGACCGCUGCCGCGCCAACAUCAACGCCUUCACCACCAAGUACCACUUCUUCAACUACCGGCCCUUCACCAUCAGCCACUGCCACUGCGACCAUAGGUUCCGCACUUGCCUCAAGAUGGCUGGUACGGGCGCUGCCAAUCUCGUGGGUAAGCUGUUCUUCAACAUCGUGCAGACCAAGUGCUUCGUGCUGAAGCCGAAGAAGGUGUGCACGCGCUUCUCGUGGUGGGGCAAGUGCGAGAAGUACGCGUACCGCAAGCAGGCGCACCUGCGCAACAACGUCUCCUACUGAGGGCGCGCCACCGCCCUCUGCACGACAACGUUCCUAGCCGCUUGCGCCGGCGGCCGCUCUAGAAGGCGGUGGACGUCGACUGCCGCCGCGCCGACUACUCCCCAGACGACUGCGCGCGAGGCGUGCGACUGAAAAGCCAUCGACGUUGGACUGUCCACCCGCGGCAACUGCCGCAUUGGAUUUACGCCACUCAAGACGGAUACCUAAGUAGGGCUGCGCGACCAGCCCUGCUUCGUGGGCGGCACACUAAAGACAGAAUAAGCACUGUUGCCGUCCAUGGAUCGUUUCGUGACUAAAGAUAGCUGCGGAUAAUUAUAUUCAUCACCGUAACUUCAGCUACGCCUGUAGUGAGAACGACAAAAAAGGAGUUGGUAUUCUCUGUUUGUGCAUAUAGCAGUCAAUUCUCCUAAUAGAGUUAUUGUAAAGUGUGUUACCACCAGAAGUAGUUCUAUAUCGAAAACUGUAUGUAACUAAGAGAGAUAUUCCCCAAGCUACCACCUGCGUUUCCAGAUGUGUUUGUUGCAGUAGAAGUUCAGCGGUCCGAAGAUGUCUGCUGAUCUUAAACCUUUAUGAAGCACACAUACAAGGAGAAACUGUUCAGAAAUUUCAUUUACAAUGUCUUUGAGCUCUGAUAGAUCAUAAAAUUCCCGCAUUUCUUCUGGCAUAGAAAAUCAGUGAUUAUAAACUACAGCCUGAAUCCCAACUGCAUAUACAUAAGCCUCUAAUGAAUGUAGUUAACAAUACAAUAUUUUUAUUAUUAAUGAUGCCAGGUUACCAAAAGCAAUUUCUGUAAGCACGUGUGCUGGAACUCUCAUACUCGGAACUUGGCAACAGAGCCGAUUGCGACACACGAGAAAGACGAAUGUCUGGUAGUUUAGCAUCUGCUUGUGAAUUUAGUUAGUUGGACAAUAAUUAAGUGUCCCUAUGGAGCUGUAGAGCCCAGCAUCUGUUUAAAUAUUCAUGUCAUGCACACAGGAAUACAUUUCUGAGCUGUCCGGUGUUGACAUCUCUCAGAUUUAAAUGACUGUUAUUUACGACCAGGCAGUGUUUUCUGUAUGCGUAAUCGCUGAGGAAACAGAAUUCUUUUAUUUUGGUGCUGUAUGAAACUAACAAGUUUCUAUUUAUUUCUUUAUUGGUACUUAGCAUUUAUUCGCCUUGUUAUAAGUCGCACAAUGGUUCCGCCAGUGGUGGAAUCUCGUCCAUAGAUCUUCUGCGUUGUGAAACUACAAUCAAAGCUGAAGUUUUUGCAUGUGAAUCGUUUGUUAUAUGUAUUAUAAAAACUGCAUUUUUGUACUUUUGUAAUGUUCGUCGGUAUUAUAUUACUUAAGCGACAACUAAGUCAUUCCUUCAUUACUUCUGUUCAUCGCCUGAUCUUUUUUCUUUUCUUUUCUGUGAAUACGAAUUGAUAGUGGAAACCCUUUGACGUGGCUUACUUUUGGGCUGUAUACGGUUGAGAAGUUCGCUAGUUUUCCCGAUUUCCAUACAUCAUACUGUAAAUACCCAUAGUUUCGCUGUUGAGAGUUAUACAACAAUGUGUUAUUGUUGUUCUAUAGAGCUAGACUACUGUGGGUACCUUGUCACGCAUAACCCAGCUAAGACUCGUAAUCAUUUUGUAACCAAAGAUUUCUCCUCCUGAAUGACAUGGAUUUACCAUAAAGUCUGUGACUGAAUGUUACGUCAGAGGAAUAAUGUUCGACAGACUGCUAAAAAAGAGGGAUGUUGACGGCGUAAUAUUUGGUGUCAUAGUAAUUACGUUUGAAAGUUAUUUACGAAUCAAAUAGUCAGGCAGUGCACUUUUUUAUUUUAGUAGUUAAUUAGUAAAAUACUACCAACAAUGAGCGAGCAUUUGGAUGCACUGAAUUAGAUUAUUUUCUCUUGGGGAUUUCGUGUAAUAGUGGUGACACGUGGCAUGUUUUUAACAGCUUUGGGCGACAUGCUUAGGUUAGGAAAUAGAUCCGAUAAAAUCAAAUACUGUCAUGCUCCAAUAUCUACCUUUCUACUUCUCUGCAAAAAUAAUAAUAAUUGUGCUAAAUUGCCUCCUACAGUGCAGAAUUUCAUGCAAGGUGUUUGAAAUGGGAUUUAUAAUCGUUAUAAGCAGUUAAGUGCUACAGUUCUUACUUGUAGUGUGCUGAUGGACAUCAGAGUAAAUUUCUAUUCACGUCAACGAAACAUUGCGACACAUUUCUGUGGCCUACCUUUGCAUCUACAACUUAAUGCUGUUACACUAGCCUAUCUCCACCUUCUUGUGACAAUGGCUUACAAACACUCGACUCAUAUCAUGGUAUCACACUAUGCACAAUAUAAGAUGAUAGUUUCAAAAACAUGAAGACAAUGCUGAAUUUCUUUUUAUCGAGAACAUGAAAGUUGUAAGACACUGAAUAGUACUCGAAAGAUUUCUAUUAAUUCAAUGCAAUUUUUGUACUUUUGAAAAACUGAAAAUAUUUCUUCCUUGAAAAUGCUUUGGAAAUGCUAAGCCGAUUCGACGAAAUUCGUGUUGAACUUCCUGAUUAGCUUCUGCACACCGUAUCAUUUAUAUUCGGCACACCGUAUCAUGUACUAUCCAAGUCUGCGAUUACUUUUUCAAAAAUUAUUCACGUGAAGGCAAGACAUGAUUUUUCGUUCGGAAACACUUCAGUUUACACAAAUCACUUCACUGAUUUACUUCAGAUUCGUAGUGUGGCAGUGAAUCUAUGGCAACUGCGUGAGACAUAUACACUACCACUUUAUCUAGUCUUAAUGUUUCUCAUCCCUAUCUCCGCACUACUUGCAGUCAUGUACGGAACUUCAAACAAAUUUUGCAGUCGGUAUAAAUAUCUGAAACUCAAACACAUUAGAAGAAAUUUAAUGUUGCCACGCUCUAAAAACGCUAUACCGUUUGAUCCACUUUCCUACAAUACUUACUGAGCAUCUAUUUUACACAAAAGACAACGCCAAGUGUUGAAUCUGUUGCCAACAGAUAGAAUAAACUCCCUUAUCGAAAAAACUGAUCAGCAGUCACAUAAUUACGACCUGAAAGGAAAAUAGUGUUCACCAGUUUCGGUACAAAAUUUAUAAUUUGUUGAUCUCUAGCGGGUAAACUCAUAAUACAUAAAACAGCAGGAUACUAUCAAGUUUAUGAACGCACAAUAUUGUGAUAGCUCUGCUCAUGUUAACAGAAUCUUCCGUCGAUUCUUGAUAGAACAACAUUACAAUAAUGAAAAGCACCAGUUUGUUUUUGUUCUGUUCAUGUUAUUGCAGUACUGACAAAUCACCCGUGCAUGUCGAUCCCUCCCAUAUAACUUUCAUCAAAUUUCUGUCUCUCCUCACCCAUACUGAACACCUUUGUACAUACAACAGCAUUUCGACUCCAACAAUCCCACUGCUGUUCCUAUAGCUGUAUAACCCACCAACCCUACACACACACUGACACGCACUCCAUAUCCUCUCCCAGCAAUACUUCAACCGACUCUUUCUCGCAGACAACGUAAAAUGCCCUGAUAUUUAUGCUUUGUUGACUCAAACUUAUCCCUCUCUACCGUACCUCACACUGGACUUUCCCCUCCCUACACACUUGUUCCCUAUUUUUUCCCUGUUCAUACCGUCGCCUGCCCCACAGCCCACUCCUCUACUCUGCCUCUGUUUCCCAUUAUCCACUUCCAGACCUACAGAACCAUCUGGUUACCAUCUGGUAACCAUCUGGGUACCAUCUGGUUACAACAUACUACCCACCCCACGAUCUCAGAGCUCCUGAUUUUUCUUCUCCUAGUUCUACCCCUACCAGUGCAGGUCUUUACAAUUUCGGUGCAUGUGCGUUGCUACAUAGUUUCUUGUUUAAGAUCUUUAACCUAUAUGAGCCUACUUUUCAUUUUACUUUUUUGUCUUUCGUUUAAAAGCACACAAAACAACAUAUGUAAUCCCGAAAAAUCACCUUAAAUGUUUAUUUGACACUACAAUAGUAAAUCCAUAGUCACAGUGCAUAAAAAUAUUAUAGUCACACUUCUUUACGACAAUUAUGUCGGAAUACAGAAAGAAAAAUCACCUUUUUAACUUGUUUAGAAACUUAUAUAAAUGUUUCACCCUCUUAAUUAUACUGCAUCGAAUUUAUUAAUUUUGGAAGUCAUAUGCUGCAGAGGGGCAGAAACAACAAUACAGGGAAAAAUUCUACGUAAACAUUGCUCUUUGGAAUAGUGGAACAAUUGUGUAUCUCUUCUCGUAGCCCAAAUCGGCAGCACCAUCAGUUGUCUUGUUUUGUUAAUCAGUGUGUGUUUCUCAUUGAACGUAUGGACCGAUUAGCCGGCUCAGAUAACAACCACCGUACCUGGUCGACUCUUACUACAAAACACCCUUGCUUCUGCACAAACCUGUAGGUAAAUCAUAUGGGCUUGAUUUGCGAAUAACUUUCAGGAACGAGAAUAUUUACUGUGAAACCGAAGUGUACGUUGUCAUGACAUUGGACACCAAUGCCGAUAUCCGCAGGUACCUGCUAGAAACUCGACACGACAGGCAUCUAGGCAUGUUUUGUGAAACAGCAAGUGCGUGACUAGGUCUGCGCUCGUUUCCGAUGAUUGUGAUACCUCUUUUCACGGCCAGGAUGCGUCAGCAAGAAGCAUCGCUUGGCACACUACCUUGACUCCUGCCGGUACUUAAAUGGCUCUGAUUGCUAGCAGCCCAUUCGUGGGUCUUAAUUAGUUUUCAUUAGGAAUUUGGCCGUUUCAGAAACAGCCAGCUUCGGUCAGAUAUGUUUUCAGUUUGCUAGUAGUAAAGAAAUUGUUAGAAAAGUAGUUUCUGUUAAGGCUAGUUUUAUUCAAAACAUAAUUUUCCGAUAAUUUACUCCCGGCAAGAAGUGCUCUUUCACGCCAAUAAACAGUACCACACUUAGUAUACUGUAUGAUGCAGCUAGAGAGUGCCACAAUAGCACGAAUACCUCAGCAACUAAAAGUUGCACGUUGUUUCCAUACUUUCUUCCACCUCUGUCUGUGACUAUAAGCUUCCAUGUGUUUUUAAUUUCUUACAAUCUAUCAUAGUUUUAUACGACCACAGAGCGAUUAUUUAAGUGAGUUAAGAGUCUUCAGUAUGUGUUGAAAAUAGUUGUAAGGCUAUCGUGUUGCAUUUUAUCACUUUUCAUGUAUUUAAAUUGACAUCUUUCAUCUCGUCAUUUCGUUACAUUACAUCUCUGUAAAUGGCGUUUGUAAUAAAUAUUUCAUGAUGUUUGUAUUCAAGAAAGUAAGAUGCAAUAAUAAAUUUGU